AUGAAAAUGGCAAAUUCAAAACAAAAGUGUUUUCUCAUUAUAUCUUUUUUGUUAUGUGUAUUUGAACAUGAAGUUAAAUGUGAAAAUGAUAUUUACUCAAACCUUAUUGAUAAUCCUAUUUUCAACAAAUUGAUAACUGAAGAUCAUGAGUCCACUUUUAAAUCUCAGUUGAAGCAAUCUGCACAAAUAUGGUCACAGAGUAUUUUACAGCAAAAUGAAGACAUCUCUUUGAAUAUAACACAACUGAUAAAGAAAAAUAACUAUCCCGUCGAAGAAUAUACAGUCACCACGUCUGAUGGGUAUUUGUUAAAAUUAUUUAGAAUUCCGGGUAACGGUCCAGUCGUAUUUUUGAUGCAUGGAGCACUUUGUUCGGCCGAUGACUGGAUUUCACCCGGUGUAGACAGUGGUAUUGGUUUUCUUUUAGCAGCACAGGGCUACGACGUAUGGAUGGGGAAUAACCGAGGAAAUAAGCAUUCAAGAAUGAACACCAAAAUAAGCCCAUCGGACAAAAGCUUUUGGGAUUACAGUUUUCAUGAAAUAGGAUACUACGAUUUACCAGCUAUGAUCGAUUUUGUUCUUGAGAAAACUAGUAAAUCAUCACUAACAUACGUCGGACAUUCACAAGGAACUUCUGUAUUUUACGUCCUCACUUCUUUGCGGCCUGAAUACAAUCAGAAAGUGAAUCUUAUGUUGGCUUUAUCUUCAGUCGCAUGGAUGUCUAAUGUAGUAAGUCCUCCAAUCCGUUUAGUGGGUCAGUUUAACAAACAGCUGGAGUCUGUUUCAUCUGCUUUGGGCAUAAAUGAAUUGCUUGGAGAUACACCUACAUUGCGGCUUAUACAGCGAGCUUUCUGUGGCAACAAUGUGACAGCCUUUAUAUUCUGCCAACACUUUACUGCUAUUCUCGGUGGAUUUAAUUACAAUCAAACAAAUCAUGAAAACCUACCUGUUAUUUAUAACAAAUUCCCAGCUGGGGCCUCAGUGAAACAGUUUGUUCAUUACGGGCAAUUGGUAGAAUCAGGGGAAUUCAGGCAGUACGACUAUGGAAUUCGAAACAUUGAGAAAUAUGGAUCUCUCGCACCUCCAUCGUACCCUGUAGAAAAAAUCACCACCCCGAUAGCUAUUUUAUAUAGUAGAGGAGACUGGUUGGCGUCUCUUAGUGACAUUUUAAUUUUUGUUUCUAAGCUGCCCAACUUAGCAGACUUCUAUGUUAUACCAGAAGAUGCUUUCAGUCACUUUGAUUUUAUUUAUGGGAAAGAUACAAAAGGCGUGGUGCUACCGAGAAUGCUAAGAAUGAUUAAUAGGUAUGGGCAAUGA